AUGGCAAAAGUUUUAGCAUUUGUUAGCUUUGUUUUAAUUUUAUUGGCUUUAGUUUGUUGUACUAUUGCCUUUGCCAGUUAUUGGUAUAAAUAUGAAAUUGGUGAUACUUCAUCAUUAAUUAAAUAUAAUCAAAUUAGAACUGAUGAUGGCACCAGAACAUACACAAAUUCUAUUCCAAAGAGUGUAAAAGAAGAUAAUAAAAAUAUGUAUGCCAUCUUUAAUGCUUCAUUGGCUUUUGAUAUCCUUGCUUGGAUUGUCCUUAUUAUUGCCGCUGUUAUCACUUUACUCUCUGGUUUUGGUAUUCUCGAAAAAAUUCCAAUCCUCGGUAGUAUUCUUCCAAUGAUUGGUAAAUUCAUUUUAAUCCUUGCCGUUAUUUGUUGUUUACUUUCAAUGUUCAUCUUUUUGGGUGUCCAAAAUGCAUCAAAAAAAGAUUGCAGAAAUAGAUACGACUCUGAUGCAUUCAAAGAUCAAUUUUGUAAUAAUGAUAAUGGUAGAUUUGAUUUCGCAAGAUCUGAUGACAACUAUUACCAAGGUCCAACCACCAGUUGGAUUGCAAUUGUUAUUGCCUCUGCACUCACUAUUGGAGCAUGUGUUUUAAAUAUUUGUGGAGGUGUCUUUUAG